GUAUUUUGAAAAGGAGUGGACAGUGGUUGUUGGUCGUUCAGUGGAGAUAAUCUGACACAUUAUGGCUGAGAUGAAAGAGGCUGGACAGGCUGCAGCAGAUCUGUCAGUGGCUGCUCAGUCAGAGCUGCUGGACCUGUGUGAGGAGCAAUUUGCUCAGCUGGAGAAGCUUCAGAAUGAGAUUAUACUGUGUGAGCCAGAUUUCUGUGAGAAGCCACAAGAACAGUCAGUAAAUCGACUGGUGGUAACAGAAGCUGAACUGAAGCAGUGGCUGGCGGUUGAGCCUAAAUUGCUGGCAGCAAACUCUGAAGUUUUGUUUCAAGCUGGGAAAGAAGAGAUGCUCAAGCUGUGCACUGAACUUGAGAUGAUUCUUUCCUGCUAUGAAGCGAAGAGAGACAAACUGAGGGAAACUAAAGAACUUGAACAGAAGUGGCUGGAGGAGAAGAAACAGGUGCUUAGAGCUGCCAGUGAACAUGCGGAACGACUUAAAAUGGAAAAGGAGACGUUAUCAGAGCACAGUGUAUUACAGGACACUAAGGAAAAAAUCCAGAAAAUGAAGACCUACCAGGGGAGGUUGAUGGAGUGUCUAGGGGACAUCUUGGAGAAGCAUGUUCCCCUACCUCAGAAUGAAUCCAGUACAAACAAGAAGAAAAAGAACAUUGACCCUGAGAUAAGUGAAAACUUGAUUUCCCUUAAUGAGAUUCUGGAGGUACUCAUGAACAAGGCCCUGAACACACCACAUGACCCCUAUGUGACCAUGGAUGACACAUACUGGCCACCGUAUGUGGAGAUGCUCCUUCGCUAUGGGGUUGCAGUGAGGCACCAAGAGAAUAACUUUAAGCUCCGCCUGGAAACCUUCUUUUAGCUGGUGCAUUAACCAUCUCACACACACCACUUAGUUCCUAAUUCAAGUCUGCUUGUACAGUGCGGUCGUUGUGUAUAUUUGUGUGAGCUGUUACAAAAUGUGCUGGGAAAGCAACAAGGCUGGUGAUAUACUGUAGGAAUGCAGCUCAUGAUAAUGUUUAUUACUGAUCAAUCAAAACAACACAUCCCAAAUCUCUUUUUUUAUUUAAAAUAAAAUUUAAAUGGUUGGCCUUAAUUCAGUAAUUAAACCGUAUACCCAUCAAUCAUUGCAGCCCCAAUGCACUGUGUAUGUAUCUAUGGUAUAGAAAUAUAAACUAACCAUGGAUAAGAAAACUAUAUGGUUGAAGUGAUGGGCCCACGUGGUAGAGUAGUGGCUAGCACUGUUGCCUUGCAGCAAAAAGAACCAGGAUCGGGACCGAGGGUUUGUAUGUUCUACCCUUAUGUGCGUGGGUUUUCUCUAGGUACUCUGGUUUCCUCCCACACUCCAAAAACAGGCAUGAGCUUAAUUGGACACGCUACAUUGCCCGUUAGAUUGAAUGAUUGUUCGUGUUGGCCCUGUGAUGGACUAUCGACCUAGUACCUGUUCAGAGUGUAUCCCCGUCUCUCGCCCUAUCAGCUGGGUUUGGCUUCAGUGGCCCCACCACCCGCAUGUAGAGGUUAAAGCAGUAGUAGACGAUGAAGUGAUAAAAGUAUUUUUCCUGUAACCUGUAAAUGUAGAGUUUAAUUAAUGUACAAAAAGAGUUGACAAUUUUUUUUCUUGACUACAUAUUUUCUGUCUUUAUUCGACCCAUCAUUCAAUAAUGUACUCUGUUAGUAUUUAUCUGCAUCCUUGAAAAUGUUCUGAAGUUCAUGUUUUAUUAAAGUUAAUUUGGAGUUGA